AAUGCUUGCUGCUUUAGCCGCGCCGGCCCGGGUAGCGCCAGUGUGGGUACGUCAGCCCUACCCACCUGCUCUCUGUAGGGAGGGCCCUGCUGUCCGUAGUCUGGACGGGAGGAACUGCCCCGCACACUUCCCUCCUUAUGGGGCUUUUCAGAGGUAUUUAGGCACUUAAAGAGGCAGAUAAACACCGAGACAUCCCCCCCCCCCUUUCGAUUUAAAUGGGAGUUGGGCACCAAGGCACUUCUGAAAAAUGUUGCCCAGCUGCAUCUUCAGGUCCCUGAAAACCUGGCCAUUGAUCAAAUAGCCUGUAAGGGAUUACAAAUAUAAAAAUAUCAAUGUAACUGGUUACAUGACAGUACAAACUCUUCUGUCUUGUCACAUAGCUGAGCAAUUUCACUAUAGCUGCACAUUUUGAUUUUAAUUAAGUGAACCCUUGGUUACUUUUUUGGCCUGUUUUCGGAGGCAGUUUAUGCAAUCCAUACCAUACAUAUAGGGAGUGAAAGCAAACCAUUUUGCCAAUGGCAUAUCAUAAUGAAAUACCUAAUAUAUAUACCUAAUGCUAAACCAGGAAGGCUAUUGCACUAUAAAGGAAAAUGUCUUUUUUUUCAAAAAUAUUACUGCAACCAGAAGUUGAAGAAUACCUUGGGAACGUGUUUAGAAAUAAGGAGCUCAUAAGUGCUUUAGGCACACUGGAAGCAGAGAGGAAAUAUGAAUCUCUAUUAAAUUGUCUAUCUCAUCCUCCAGCUUUCACAACUGUUAGAGUUAACACUCACUUGGCUUCAGUGAAACAAGUGAAAAAUCUGCUGUUUGAAGAGAUCCACAAGCAGUUUAAAGGUCUUAGUGUUCCAGUUCUUCAGCACCCAGAACUUCAGGACAUCUUACUUAUUCCUGUCAUUGGACCCAGGAAGGAUCUACAAAAGCAAUCAUCUGAAGUCAUUGUUGGAGCCCAGUGUGGGAAUUCAGUGCUACGAGGAGCGCAUGUCUUUGUUCCAGGAAUCAUAUCUGCUUCAAAAUUUAUGAAAGCUGGAGAUGUGGUCUCUGUAUACUCUGAUAUUGAAGGGAAGUGUAAAAGAGGAGCCAAAGAAUUUCUGGGAACCAGACUUUUUAUUGGAAAUGGGAUUUCAGAAUUGAGUCGCAGUGAAAUCUUCAGUUCAAGUGGCUCACUGAAAGGAAUAGGUGUAAGAAUGACAGACCCAGUCUACCUUAGUCCUUCGUUGGACAAUGUGCUGUCCAGUUAUUUGUUUUUGCAGAACUUGCCCUCUGCAGUUGUAAGCCAUGUUUUAAACCCUCAGCCCGGAGAGAGAAUUCUGGACAUGUGUGCUGCACCUGGGGGAAAAACAACUCAUCUUGCAACAUUAAUGCAUGACCAGGGUGAAGUGAUAGCCAUGGACAAGAUAGCUAACAAAGUCAAAAAAAUCAAGCAGAAUGCAGCAUUGUUGCAGCUGAAUUGUAUUAAAGCAUUUUGCUGUGAUGGAACUAAGGCACUUGCCAUUGGGAAGAGAGAAGAUGGACAAGAAGGCCCUCCAUUCUCAUCAGAGUCAUUUGAUCGAAUUCUUCUUGAUGUUCCUUGUAGUGGGAUGGGACAGAGACCAAAUAUGGCCUAUUCCUGGACUCUAAAGGAAGUGACUUCUUAUCAGCCAUUGCAACGCAAGCUUUUCAGCAUGGCAGUGAAAUUGCUGAAGCCAGGGGGCAUUUUGGUGUAUAGUACAUGUACAAUUACACUGUCUGAAAAUGAGGAGCAAGUUGCCUGGGCCCUGGAAACUUUUCCCUGCCUCCAGCUUCAGUCACAGGACCCACAUAUUGGAGGAGAAGGCAUGAGGGGAACUGGACUGUCACUUGAUCAACUGAAGCUGCUGCAGAGGUUUGAUCCAUCCAGUGUGACGUCACGUGGAAUGGAUGUGAACUCUUUGCAGGACUCUAGGGAAGAAGACCUGAUCUUGCUGGCAAAUAAAGACUGUAUAGGGUUUUUUAUUGCAAAAUUUAUUAAAUUGAACAGCAAAUAGGCAUUUAGCAAGACAACCUG